GCUGCUGGCAUCCGCAUUGAACAGCUGGAACGGGAAAACACCGAGCUGAGGUCGUUGAUUGAACGGUUAAUGGCCGAAACGGAAGUGCAGCGGUUCACGUACCGAAAGCAAUUGGAGGUAAUUUCCCAGCUGCAAAAUGAAAACGAGUGCUUACGCGAGCAACGGGAAAUUCUGAUGGCACCGAUGGCAUCCUAUCACACCCGGCAGAGGAUAGGCGACUUCCUGAGCGGGGAUCUCGAUACGAUUGUGGAAGACGAAACAUUGGACAUCAUAAACUAUCGAAUCAUGUUCAUAGAGAUGCGAACAUUCAAACGGAAUCGCGAGAAGCAGAAAUCAUCAGUUAAAAGGUAUCAUGUGUAAGAUU